AGAAUUCUGACGUCUGGAUUAGCUAUCCGGCUGGAGUCAAGAAGCUAGACGUUAACGGCGCUGCGGGACUUUUAAAUAACGAUCCGGGACCGUGGGCUGUGUUAAGAAAAUCGGAAUUGUUAGGCGAUAUGGAGUCUCUAGUUGAUGGUGAUGGGUUUCCUGACUUGGAGGAAGAUGAGGACAUUGAUCAGUUCAAUGAUGACACUUUUGGAGCUGGAGCAGUGGAUGAUGAUUGGCGAGAAGAACAUGAACGCUUGGCAGAAAUGGAGGAAAAGUUACCCGCUACCCACAUUCUGGCUAGAGUCACUUCUUCCCCAAUUAAUGACCUACUGGGGGACCAGCAGGAGGAACUGGAGCAGAGUUUAAACCAGCUGGUGAGGGAGAAUGAGGAACCAGCCCUGCCACAGGGUUCACUUACACAGUUUUCUGCUGGCAUGAAUUCCAGCAUCUGGGACACAUCCAGAACAAUAAGACCUAUCAGAGGGCCGCUACUUAUGGAGGACAUGACCCCCCUAUCAAUUUUGCAUGAAUAUGGAUUGGCUACAGUUGCACCUCCUGGUCGAGAUGAUACAGAAAGGGAUGCCUCUGAAAGAGCCUUGCCUCGCCGCUCUACCUCUCCUGUCAUUGGAAGUCCGCCAGUACGAGCAGUUCCUAUUGGAACACCCCCAAAGCAUGGAGCUUCCCCCAAUUUUAGUCACACACAGGUUUUAUGUCCUAACCCAAUCCACAUUCGUGCUUCAUCUGCAUUCAGUGGUCCUCAUAACAACCCGGCUUCCAUCCUAAGGCAUCCAUUCCCUUCUGCCCUAUCCCCGCUUCAACGAGCACAGCUCUUAGGAGGGGCUCAGCAGACAGUUGCUGCUCAGAUGUCUCCCAGCCAGUUUUCCCGUCCUGGACUACAUGGCCCAACACUUGCCUCUGUUGCUCCUAAACUCUUGCAAGGCCAUGUUGGGCAGAUGGUGGCGCCAGUUGGCGGUGGAUUCCGCCCUUUCUUUGGAGUUCCUUCUGCUCCAGGAGCUCACAUUAAAAAUAUGAGUCUUAGGUCACAGCAGCAGUUCCGCCCAGACACAACUCACCUGCACCCACAGCACCGUCGUAUGCUUUACCAGCGCCAACAGAACCGCAACCAGCAUCGAGGUGUUAAUGGCUCUGGUGGGGAACGAACUUGCAGACCUGCACAAAUGGAACUUAAUCGAAGAGACCCCUAUGCAGGACUAAUGCUGCAACGGGAAAAGGAAUGGGUGUGCCGUAUUCAACUUCUUCAGCUUCAGAGCACUGACCCAUACCAUGAUGACUACUACUAUCAGAAUUACUUUGAGAAGCUGGACAAGUUGUCUGUAUCACAAGAUAGAUCUAGAGAAGGUCCAAAAAAGGAAAGAACCAAGCUUAUCACACCGCAAGUUGCCAAAUUGGAGCAUACAUACAAACCAGUGCAGUUUGAAGGAUCCCUUGGAAAGCUUACAGUUUCUAGUGUAAAUAACCCUCGAAAGAUGAUUGAUGCAGUGGCAACAUCGCGAUCUGAAGAAGAUGAAACCAGAGAGAAGCAGGUGCGAGACAAAAAACGCCAAACACUUGUGAUUAUUGAGAAGAUGUUUUCUUUACUCUUGGACUUGGAAGAUUUUGAGAGAAGAUUUUCACUAUGUUGUGAAGAGGCUGAACAUGAGGUUUUGACUGAGGAGCAAAAGCAAAAACUGCAGCAGCUAUGCGACACUCUAAGAGGGAAAGAAGUUGGAGAAAGAGUAGCAGAGGAACAGUUUGUGCAGAUCAUGUGUAUUCGGAAAGGAAAGAGAAUGAUAUCCAGAAUACUUCCCUUGCUGCCUUUGCAGUUGGCUGCAGCUGUUCUCUCCAUUAUGGCACACAAUCUGCUUUUUCUUAUCAAGAAGGAUAUACAAGAUCAGGCAUUACCAUGUCUGGCUGCUACCUGCUCCCUUGUGCUUUGUCAGCUGUCCUUACCUGCGUUAACAUCUUUACUACAGAAUUUAUGUGGUGCCACAUCACAGCAGCAGCUGUCUUCUAUAUUGCAGAACAAGUUUGGACUAACACUGCUUUAUCAGAUCCUUGAACGGGGUGAAGAUCUUUUAAGCUCUGGAGAUCCCAUGUCACAGAGUCAGCCUACAUGGACAUCAUUGGUUGUACAGGCAGCUCAUUGCCUCUUGCAGGUUUCAGAGCUCUCUCUUCCUCGUCCUCUUUGUUCUCCACUAACUGCUUUGGCUCAUUUCUCAAGAUACCUUGACACACAAAAUUCCAGUUUGUUGCAGUCUAAGCUUGGAUCAACUAACGGCACACUAUAAAAAAAAUAAAGUGUUUUUUGGAUUCUAUGGGCCAAGGCACAGAAUGUUUUUCAUAGCGUCUAACAUUGUUUCAAGAAUUUUGUGUGAUAUUGCAAAGUGCCUACAGAGGUCAACAUAAUUAUUGAAGUUUGGUAGGGUUGGUGCUGGGCCGAACUGGAUGUGCUUCUAUAAAAAGUUUUGUGAAGGAGGCUUCAUUUGCAGUAAAGGAAAGGAUACCACAAGCUUUGAAAAACACAGCACAUUUGCAGGAUUGUGCUGUGAAUGAUUUUAAAAAAUUAGGAAAUGGAGUUACAGUCCCUGUAUGUGUAUAAUGCAAUAUAUAUAUAAAUAUAUGUAUAGUAUUCUUAGGAUGUGCUCCUAGGUCAUAAUCAUGUAUUUUUAUUCUAUUAAAUUGUGUUGGAAUUAAAAGGGUAAGAAGUAAAAGAACAAUCAAAUGGGCUGCUUCUAUCAGUAUCACGUCACCUCUUAAAAUGGGAUGCCCUUAAGUGUUUUUAGUCCGGAAAAUACCCAUUGAUGAUCUGUAAUGUCUCAAGUGUUUUUCAUGCCCCACAUUUGCUUGCACAAAUCUUUUUUGACCUAGCUUGGUCAUUUAUACAAUUAGCUUUUACCCUUUGUGAAAGAGUAUGAACUGAUUAAUUGGUGGAAAUCUUUCAGCUAGUACAUAAGUUUUCUAGCUUUCUCCUGACCGGCUUUUCACAUCACUAAAGUGAUGAAAGAACAAUGAAAGAAUUUACACAUUCAGAAGCAGAUAAUUGUAAAUUAAGGCAGGCUUCAAACCCAAACUAUUGUACUGAAAAACAUUCAUCCUUUGUCACAUCUGAGAUUGUUUGCUUUUUUUCUGAAUUAGAUAUUUCAAAUGUAAAUCAAAACUUUCUGCAAAACGCCUAUUUUAAUAAAGAUGAUCAAAACUU